UUGGUCGCCGAGAGGAGAGGAGGCGGGCUGGGCUCGGGUCAAGAGCAUCUGCUCCGGCGCGGCGGCACCACCGCCCCGAUCUCCCGGCCUGCGGGACCGGAGGCCCCCGGGGCGGAAGGACUCGCCGGUUCUGCGAGGAAGGGGGACCUCGAAGGGGCGGGCGAGGAAGCGGCAGUGUCCCACCUCGGAGCUUCGGCUCGCCCUCGCCACUUUCUUGGCCACCUCAGACGCCGUCGCGGCAGCCGCUUCCGAUCUCCGUUAGACGCCGCGGCUGCUUGCUCUACGGGGGCGGUGUUGGACGGCGCGAUCCGCUGGCAAGCCCCUGCCGCCGCCCGCUGAGCUUUGCAAACCCCGAAGCUGUUCGGCUGGAGCUCCAGGGCGAGCUGGGGGGACUCCGUGCAUCUUUUCUGCCCAAACCGACUUCUCCCAGUUCUUCCGACGAGCUUCUAAUCGACUCACCCUGUUUCUCAUCCCUUUCUGCAAGUCAGUUCCUCGGCCCCAUUUGAAACCGGGCUUUGGCUGGUGCUCCCCUGCUUCCUUCUGGUCUAGCCGGCCUCUAGCCCCUUCCCCACUGAGCUGUCGCUUCUAGGAGAAGACACUCCCACUCUCAGCAAAACAGGUACCAGCUCACCUGCGAGUAUUUAUCUUCCCUACUCCGGAGACCCUUGGUCCGGACUGCAAUCACCCUGCACGAUGAAAGGUGGUGGCCCCCAGUUGCUGCUUUGCCUGCUGGUGGGAAUCUUGUGUCCCUGGAACCCCAGCCCUGUGGAGCCACAGUCCGUGUUGACCGACCAUGAAAUUGAGGAAUUUUUGAAAAGCUUCCUGGGAGAGCUGGAGGAGGACUUAGAAGGGCCAGAGGCAGAGAAGGUAGCUGUGGGCAAGGAGCUUCCUGAGAGUCAAGGAAACCUGAAUCCUGCAGAAAGGGAGAAAGCCCCAACAGAGGUGGAAGAAGUAGCACAGGAGAGAGAGACAGAGAAGCCCAAGAAAGGGAAGAAGGAGAAGCCACCUAAACCCACAAAAAAGCCAAAGGAGAAACCAUCCAAGAGCCCCCCAAAACAGAAGCCUCCCAAAAAGGAGAAGCCCCCCAGACCAACCAAAAAGCCAAAGGAGAAACGUCCCAAGGCCACCAAGAAACCCAAGGAGAAACGUCCCAAGGCCACCAAGAAACCCGCAGGGGGAAAGAAGGCGGAGAGGCCCUCUCCUCCAGUCCCACCAGAAGCAGAGAGGGACCGUUUUCCAGAAAGACCACUGAUCCCACCUCCAACUGGAAAUGAAGAUAGCUAUGGGCUGCCUGAUUCGCCCCACUAUCUCUUUCCCUAUGGACGGGAAGAUGACCUCUCCCGAGUCAACGAAGAAGGGGGUGAAACUCUAUACCCUGAGAAGACAGAUGAAAAACAAGAUCCAUCCAGGCAUCAUACUGACUUCUAUGAACCUCCAACGGAGCCACAGGAGACCCCAACAGAAGAUAAAGAUCAGGAAGGUCAGACAGAAUUUCCUGUAGAACAAGAGCCACCAACGUUGGAUUACAAUGAACAGAUUGAACGCGAGGACUACGAAGAUUUUGAAUACAUCAGGCAGGAGAAAAAACCCCAAAAACCACCACGAAGGAGACCUGAGACCCCCAGGCUGGAACCUGAGGAGAAACCAAAGAAAACAGAGGAGCCUCCCACCCCUCCUUUUGAGAGUCACUAUGAAGUAGAGUUACCACUGCCAGAUUAUGGAGAUGUGGAUUAUGGUCUGCCUCACCAGAAGCCCAAAAAAUUCCCCAGUGAAACAGAUGAAGAUGAGAUGGAGACAGAUGAGAAUCUCAAACCAAAGAAGUCUAAGAAAGGGGGAGGCAGUAGCAAGGAGGAAGAGGAGAGUGAGACAGAGGACAGCAAAUGGACAGAGGAGAAAAACAAGGAGCAGAAAGGGAAACCAAAGAAAACAGGGAAAAAAUGGGAAACCGAUGAAAAUGUGUGGACUCCAGAAGAGAGAAUAAAAUGCCCUCCGAUUGGAAUGGAAUCACAUCGAAUUGAGGAUGAUCAGAUCUUGUCUUCUUCCAUGCUACGACAUGGAUUAGGAGCUCAGCGUGGACGCCUCAAUAUGCAGGCUGGAUCCAAUGAGGAUGAUUACUUUGAUGGUGCAUGGUGUGCGGAAGAUGAGAGUAGCAUCCAGUGGAUCCAGGUGGAUACAAGGCGGAUCACCAGGUUCACAGGAGUCAUCACCCAAGGCCGGGAUUCUCUGCUCCACGAGGACUUUGUCACCUCUUUCUACGUUGGCUUCAGCAACGAUAGCCAGAACUGGCUCAUGUACAGUAAUGGUUACGAGGAAAUGCUUUUUCAUGGAAAUGUUGACAAGGAUACUCCUGUGAUGACUGAAUUCCCAGAACCGAAGGUUGCUCGUUUCAUUCGUGUCUUUCCAUUGACGUGGAAUGGUAGCCUUUGUAUGAGAUUGGAAGUUCUGGGCUGUCCUCUCUCCAGCAUCCACAGCUAUUAUAGUUUGCAGAAUGAAGUGAUGACAUCGGUGGACAACCUGGACUUUCGCCAUCACAACUACAAGGACAUGAGACAGCUGAUGAAGGUGGUGAAUGAAGAAUGUCCCACCAUCACCCGCAUCUACAAUAUUGGCAAGAGCUUUCGAGGACUUAAGAUCUAUGCUAUGGAGAUAUCGGAUAAUCCAGGGGAGCAUGAACUGGGAGAGCCAGAAUUCCGCUAUACAGCAGGAAUCCAUGGCAACGAGGUGCUGGGUCGGGAGCUGCUGCUCAUGCUGAUGCAGUUUAUUUGCAAGGAAUUCAAGGAUGGAAAUCCGCGCAUCCGGAACCUGGUGAUGGAGACCCGCAUUCACCUUGUCCCUUCGCUCAAUCCUGAUGGCUAUGAGAUUGCCAGCCAAACAGGCUCAGAAUUGGGGAAUUGGGCUCUGGGACAUUGGAACGAAGAAGGCUAUGAUCUCUUUGAGAACUUCCCUGAUCUCAACAGUAUCCUCUGGGCUGCAGAAGAGAGAAAAUGGGUACCCCACAAAGUUCCAAACCACCACAUCCCAAUUCCUGAUCACUACCUUGCAGAAGAUGCUGCGGUGGCUGUCGAGGUGAGGGCCAUUUUAGCCUGGAUGGAGAAGAUCCCCUUUGUGCUUGGUGCCAAUUUCCAAGGGGGCGAGAAACUCAUUUCCUACCCUUUUAACAUGGCUCGCCCCAUCAAUGAGAAUGAAGUGGCUCCUCCGUCUAUGGAGGACUAUGAAGAGGAAAACCCAGAGAUCAGAGAGACCCCAGACCAUGCCAUCUUCCGCUGGCUGGCGAUUUCCUACGCGUCGGCCCACCUCACCAUGACAGAAACAUUUCGUGGGGGUUGCCAUGAUCAAGAUGUGACCAACGGAAUGGGGAUUGUCAAUGGGGCCAAGUGGAAACCACAAGUGGGUAACCUGAAUGAUUUCAGCUACCUUCACUCCAACUGUCUGGAGCUCUCGAUCUACCCUGGGUGUGACAAGUUUCCUCAUGAAAGUGAACUACCACAGGAGUGGGAAAACAACAAGGAAUCCCUGCUGACAUUUAUGGAGCAGGUACAUCGUGGCAUUAAGGGCACAGUGACAGAUCAACAAGGAGAUCCCAUUGCAAAUGCUUCCAUCUCUGUGAUGGGGAUCAAACACGAUGUGCAAACAGCUAGUGGAGGGGAUUACUGGCGCAUCCUGAAUCCUGGCGAAUACCGCGUUACAGCCAGGGCUGAGCGCUACAAUCCCAGUGUCAAAACCUGCAGCGUCUAUUAUGAUAUUGGAGCCACCCAGUGCAACUUCAUCUUGUCACGGUCUAACUGGAAACGCAUCCGAGAGAUCAUGGCCAUGAAUGGAAACCACCCUAUUGGGAGGCCCAUGCUGGGACGACCUAUGACACCUAGAGAGCGCAUGCGCUGGAGGAUGAGGAUGCGCCAGAGAGCUCGCCUGCGCCAGCAGAUGCGUGAACGGCUGCAGAAAGCCAGCACCAGCAUUCCCACCACGGCUCCCGCAAGCUCGGUGUUUCCCUUCUUGUUCAGCAGCACCACGCCCCCGCCAUGGAGUCGAGAGCCUCCAAUAGCAGAGUCAGCGACCACUUGGGAUGCUGAUGUCUACACUGAGACAGUGACUGAAUGGGAGACAGUAACAGAGGAAGUAACCGAGGUGGAGGCCACGGGCACGGCUUUUCCCGUGACCACAGCAGAGACAUACACGGUUAACUUUGGCGACUAAUACCAGUCUGCCCGUUUGUGAGGAUUGCAGGCCAGGAACGCUCUUAAGACAUUCCUAAAGCCAGCUCCACCUCUUCCGGAGCAGGUGGCUGUAUCUAUUCACUGCAGUACACGGAGGCACCUUCUCCUGGUUUAGGACCCACCAGGAACCCCCUUGCUUUGAGCAGGUUUGAAGAGCCAUCACAUUUGCAUCAUUUAUUUUUCACAUACACACACAUGCACAGACCCCUCUCUCUCUCUGCCUUGGAUGCAGAGGCUCAGCUUUCUCUGUAGGGUUGCAACAGGAAACCUGUAAUCCACACCUGCUGAAUGGGAAAUUGAGGUGAACAAACUGUACACCUCAAACUGACUGUAGAAUAGGGAACAAGCCAAGAAUGUAAUCUGGCUGAAUCUUUUCUGGCAUGUUAAAUCUUUUUUUUUCAUUCUUCUUUAUUAUCAUGCUCUUUACAGUAUCGUGUAAGAUUCCUGCAACAGGGAGAGAGAAGCAGACAAGGCCUUUAUCCAGAGGCCCAGAGCUGUUGCUCCCCCAUGGACAUUCACUGAAAUAAUUAAGUCCAUCAAGCACUGAAACACACAGUUGGGCCACAAUCCAAUACACAAGUUUGUUAAGGGUCCCCUUGACUGUUAAUUUGCAGUCUUAAUACCUUUACAGAAGGGAUAUAUGAAAAAUUCAGAUUUCUUUCCAGUUCUAUUAA